GAUUGCUGCGCCGCCCGCCGGUCGCGGGCGUGGCUGGUUCCCGGCGUUCACCCGCCUCCUUGCCUUUGGUUUCCCCAAAGAAGGCGGGAGGGCGAGCGGCGUGCAUCCCCGCGGUGCCUCCCUGCAAGCCUUUCCCUAAAUAGGGCCUCUCCGUCCCCCACCGUCCGCGCCCCCGCGUGGGCUGGGCGCACCAUCCCUAUAUCACAGCCGGUGUAGCCUCCGUAUCUCGGUCCCCCGGUCCCUGCUCUGUCGCCCCUCCGCCUGAGCGGUCGCCGCCCGUUCCGUCGUUCCUCCGCUGCCACCGCUGCCGGCAUCAUGGGCAGUGAGCAGAGCUCCGAGGCCGAGAGCCGACCCAACGAUCUGAACUCCUCAGUGACCCCUUCUCCAGCUAAGCAUAGAGCCAAGAUGGACGAUAUUGUGGUUGUAGCUCAAGGCUCCCAGGCCUCAAGGAACGUCAGCAACGAUCCUGAUGUCAUCAAGUUGCAAGAGAUUCCAACCUUCCAGCCACUUUUGAAAGGGACGGGACACAGGUUGCUGAGACACAUGUUACAGGUUCAAAGAGAAGGGCUGUUGAGUGGCCAGACUUCCCCAACGAACGCCAAACUGGAGAAACUGGAUUCUCAGCAAGUGCUGCAGCUCUGUCUCCGCUAUCAGGACCACCUCCAUCAGUGCGCUGAGGCCGUUGCUUUUGAUCAGAACGCUUUGGUGAAACGAAUCAAAGAGAUGGAUUUGUCUGUAGAAACCCUCUUUAGCUUCAUGCAGGAGCGCCAGAAAAGAUAUGCCAAAUACGCCGAGCAGAUCCAGAAGGUCAAUGAGAUGUCGGCCAUCCUGCGUCGCAUCCAGAUGGGCAUCGACCAGACGGUACCGCUGCUGGAGCGACUCAACAGCCUGCUGCCUGAGGCCGAGCGCCUGGAGCCCUUCAGCGUGAAGCCCGACCGCGAGCUCAGGCUGUAGCCAAGCCCCCUGGCACCGCCAGGGCCGCGGGGCCUUUGGAACCAGAGACACAGGAGGUGACCUAGGUCAGGGGAGUGUGGUGCUCCCCAAGGGCACGGGAGGCAGUCCAUUGCCCUGGAGACCUGUGAUGCUCCAGCCCUCCCCUUGACGCGCUUUCCCCUGCAAAGCCAACCAACCUGCCCUCCAUGGUCUCCGAAGUGGGAAUAUUUGAACUCUUAGGAAUUCUGUACAGAACCCUGCCUUGGGAAUUAUUUUUUUAAUUUAGUUUGCUUUUUUUUUUUAAAUUGACAGUGUAUAUUACCUAAUCUAGCUUGCAGACUGAAACUAUGAAGAGAAGGGGGAAGAAGAUUUGAGGAAGCCCUGUGUCCCUGAUGCCUCUGUGACAUUUUUCUCCAUAACUGUCUGGGCUGCAUACAUAAAGAGCUAACUUAA